AUGGCUCAAAGUUUGAGGAUAACUUCAUCUCCUUUCACACUCUCAGACUCAACCCUGAGAGUACAUGACCAUGUUAUAAUGUCCCAAGUCCCUCACAACAUCACAUGCACCUACGCGCCCGCCACCGGUUGCUUCAUCGCCGUCAACGCCACCUCACCACCAAGUUCCCACCACGUGGAAACCUUAGGCAAGCUCCAACCCGCAACCUUCGUCUCCAUCUUCCGCUUCCAGAAGUGGAAGACCGCGAUCUGGACCGGCUCAAACGGCAGUCAUGUCCAAACCGAAACCGAAUUUCUCCUGCUCCAAUCCAACCCGAGCCGCCCUUACGUCCUUUUCCUCCCAAUCGUCGACGGCCCAUUCCGCGCCACGCUGCAGCCCGGCCUGGACGACAACAUCUCGGUUUGCGUGGAGAGCGGAUCCAGCCACGUGACGGCUUCCUCCUACGUGGUUUACCUUCACGCGGGGGAGAACCCUUACACUGUGGUGGAGGAAGCCGCGCGCGUGCUGAGAGAUCACCUGGGAACCUUCAAGCUCCUCGAAGAGAAAACCGUCCCCAGAAUUAUCGAAAAGUUCGGGUGGUGCACGCGGGAGGAGUUUGAACCUGAAGACGUUCGCAAAGGGGUGGCGGGGUUGGUUGAAGGAGGGUGUCCUCCGGGGUUUGUUUUGUUGGAGAAUGGGGUGCAGUGUAUGAGGCCCAUUGAAGUGUUAGUGAGGGCGUUGAAGGAGGAGUUUUCAACGGUGGAGUGUGUGUACGCCUGGCACGCGCUUAGCGAGUAUUGGAAAAGGGAUGGUGGAAUGUCUGAGAUUGAGAAGCUUCACUCUCAGUUAGAGGCUCAUGGAAUCGAUGGGGUUAAGGUUCAUGUCGUCCCAAACCCUAUUCCCAUUGAAGGGGUGGAACUUUUCACCUUGUAUUACAGUCAAGCCAACAAACUCAUCCUCUCAACACCUUUUGACAGUGAAGAAAUUUCCUUGGAACCAUUCAACUUUGAGCUUAUAACAGUUUCCCCUGUGACUGUCUUGCCUGGUAAGUAUGUGAAGUUUGCUCCUAUUGGUUUGGUGAACAUGCUAAACACUGGUGGAGCAGUCCAGUCCUUGACUAUUGAUGAGACUCAAGGUUUGGUGGAAGUUGGAGUAAGAGGCACUGGGGAGAUGAGGGCCUAUGCCUCAGAGAAACCAAGCAAUUGCAAAAUUGAUGGUAUAGAAGUUGAUUUUGAAUAUGAAGGGUUCAUGAUCAAAAUUCAAGUUCCAUGGCCAGGUUCUUCAAGAGUCUCCCCUGUUCAGUAUGCAUUCUAA